UUUCCUUCCGCACCGCGUCUCCGUUGACGGGAGACGGGCGGAGCACCUGCGCCUGGGUUCGUCGGCCUCUAGUGAGAUUCAGAGGCUCAAAGGAUUCUGUAGCUGCAAUGUUGUCGAGACUUUUCCGAAUGCAUGGCCUCUUUGUGGCCUCCCAUCCCUGGGAAGUCAUAGUGGGGACAGUGACACUGACCAUCUGUAUGAUGUCCAUGAACAUGUUUACUGGUAACAACAAGAUUUGUGGUUGGAAUUAUGAGUGCCCAAAAUUUGAAGAGGAUGUUUUAAGCAGUGACAUUAUAAUUCUAACAAUAACACGAUGCAUAGCGAUCCUGUAUAUUUACUUCCAGUUCCAGAAUUUACGUCAACUUGGAUCAAAGUAUAUUUUGGGUAUUGCUGGCCUCUUCACAAUUUUCUCAAGUUUUGUAUUCAGUACAGUUGUCAUUCACUUCUUAGAUAAAGAAUUGACAGGCUUGAAUGAAGCUUUGCCCUUUUUCCUACUUCUGAUUGACCUUUCCAGAGCAAGUGCCUUAGCCAAGUUUGCCCUAAGUUCUAAUUCACAGGAUGAAGUAAGGGAAAACAUUGCUCGUGGAAUGGCAAUUUUAGGUCCCACAUUCACCCUUGAUGCUCUUGUUGAAUGUCUUGUGAUUGGUGUUGGUACUAUGUCAGGGGUGCGCCAGCUUGAGAUCAUGUGCUGCUUUGGCUGCAUGUCAGUUCUUGCCAACUACUUCGUGUUUAUGACUUUUUUCCCAGCAUGCGUGUCCUUGGUAUUAGAGCUUUCUCGGGAAAGCCGUGAAGGUCGUCCAAUUUGGCAGCUCAGUCAUUUUGCCCGAGUUUUAGAAGAAGAAGAAAAUAAACCAAAUCCUGUAACGCAGAGGGUCAAGAUGAUUAUGUCUUUAGGCUUGGUUCUUGUUCAUGCUCAUAGUCGCUGGAUAGCUGAUCCUUCUCCUCAAAAUAGUACAGCAGAACAUUCGAAGGUUUCUUUAGGUCUUGAUGAAAAUGUGUCCAAGAGAAUUGAACCAAGUGUUUCCCUUUGGCAAUUUUAUCUCUCCAAAAUGAUCAGCAUGGAUAUUGAACAAGUGAUUACCUUAAGUUUAGCUCUCCUUCUGGCUGUCAAGUACAUUUUCUUUGAACAAGCAGAAACAGAAUCUACACUUUCACUAAAGAACCCUAUCACAUCUCCUUUAGUGACCCAAAAGAAAGCCCAAGUCAACUGUUGUAGACGUGAGCCUAUGCUGGUCAGAAAUAACCAGAAAUUGCAGUCAAUGGAAGAAGAGGCAGGGAUAAACCAAGAAAGCAAAGUGGAAGUUAUAAAACCAUUAGUGGCUGAAACUGACACCUCAAGCAGGGCAACAUUUGUUGUUGGUGGUUCCUCCUUACCCAGUAUUACACAGGAACCUGAAAUUGAGCUUCCCAGGGAACCUCGGCCUAAUGAAGAAUGCCUGCAGAUACUUGGGAAUGCAGAGAAAGGUGCAAAAUUCCUUAGUGAUGCUGAGAUCAUCCAACUGGUUAAUGCUAAGCAUAUCCCAGCUUACAAGUUGGAAACUCUGAUGGAAACCCAUGAACGAGGUGUAUCUAUUCGCCGACAGUUACUUUCCAAAAAGCUUCCAGAGCCUUCUUCUCUCCAGUACCUACCUUACAGAGAUUAUAAUUACUCCUUGGUGAUGGGAGCUUGUUGUGAGAAUGUUAUUGGGUAUAUGCCCAUCCCUGUUGGAGUGGCAGGUCCUCUGUGCUUGGAUGGAAAAGAAUUUCAGGUUCCAAUGGCAACAACAGAAGGUUGUCUUGUGGCCAGCACUAACAGGGGCUGCAGAGCAAUAAAUCUUGGUGGAGGUGCCAGCAGCCGAGUCCUUGCAGAUGGGAUGACUCGUGGCCCAGUGGUGCGUCUUCCUCGUGCUUGUGACUCUGCAGAAGUGAAGGCCUGGCUUGAAACACCUGAAGGGUUCUCAGUGAUAAAGGAGGCCUUUGAUAGCACCAGCAGAUUUGCACGUCUACAGAAACUUCACAUGAGUAUGGCAGGACGCAACCUUUACAUCCGUUUCCAGUCCAGGACUGGGGAUGCCAUGGGGAUGAACAUGAUUUCAAAGGGUACAGAGAAAGCGCUUUCAAAGCUUCAAGAGUAUUUCCCUGAAAUGCAGAUUCUUGCAGUGAGUGGAAACUACUGUACUGACAAGAAGCCUGCUGCCAUAAAUUGGAUCGAAGGAAGAGGAAAGACUGUUGUCUGUGAAGCUGUCAUCCCAGCCAAGGUUGUCAGAGAAGUGUUAAAGACAACUACAGAAGCUAUGAUUGACGUAAACAUUAACAAGAAUCUGGUGGGCUCUGCCAUGGCUGGGAGCAUAGGAGGCUACAAUGCCCAUGCUGCAAACAUUGUCACUGCUAUCUACAUUGCCUGCGGACAGGAUGCCGCACAGAAUGUUAGUAGUUCAAACUGUAUUACUUUAAUGGAAGCCACCGGUCCCACCAACGAAGACUUGUAUAUCAGUUGCACUAUGCCAUCUAUAGAAAUAGGAACUGUGGGUGGUGGGACCAACCUUCUACCUCAGCAAGCCUGUCUGCAGAUGCUAGGUGUUCAAGGAGCUUGCAAAGACAAUCCUGGAGAAAAUGCCCGGCAGCUUGCCCGAAUUGUGUGUGGGACAGUAAUGGCUGGGGAAUUGUCACUGAUGGCAGCAUUAGCAGCAGGACAUCUUGUCAGAAGUCACAUGAUUCAUAACAGGUCAAAGAUAAAUUUACAAGACCUCCAAGGAACUUGCACCAAGAAGGCAGCUUGAAUAGCACGACAGUUCUGAACUGAAACACGGGCAUUGGGUUCUAAAGGACUAACAUAAAAUCUGUGAAUUAAAACUGUCGAUGCA